ACUGAAGUAUGAACUUGGAAACCCAAGGCAUACCUUUCUUGAUACUCUCUAUUGAUACAGGUGUUUCAGAUCAGAAUUCUAAGCAAAAUCUGUACCUUUAUGCAGGAGAUGAUGUGACUGAUAAGGCACAUGAGUUUUGAGAAACGUAUAAUUUAUCCAAAGAAGCUGUCCCUAUUAUAGUGAAUCAUGUAAAAUCUGUAGUUGGGCAGUAUCAGAAGAAGAUUGAUCAGACUAAGUCUACUAAUAAAGGACAGCAAAGUUCUAUGGCACAAGUUGAUGAAUCGACAAAUUCUCAAGCGCAAUCUAAAGGUAAAAAGCCAGGAUCUUAUUAUAAGAAUUUAAACUCAAGUCCUGGAACACCAUCUCCUAACUCUUGAUUUAAUUCAAGUGAUUUAAAGCCGUCCAGAAUGCCUACUAUUAAGGAAGAUUUGUGAGAGAGCCAGCAAAAUUCUACUGCUAAAAAGUCCAAGCCAAAGGAAAGCUCUAAAAAUAUUAGCAACGUUUGGUCUCCUAAACUCGGUAGCUCCUCAAAAUGAGCCUCAAUGUCUCAGAUAACUUCUAUUAAAGACCAUAAUUCUAGCAGAAAAACUUCAAAACAUUCAAACAAAAAGAGUUUUAUCACAAAAAUUUAUAAGAAAACUUCAAAAUUUAUGUCUAAUAAAUCUCCGAAAAGGCUCGAUCGUUCAAGAAGUGGGAAAUUACCAUCUAAAAAGAACACAAAACAUCUCAAAACAUUUAAGAAGAGUUUUAAGACAAUUCAAACUUCCCAGCCUCAGAAGCCUAAAACAAAGCAGAGGUUUCAGAGGCCAAAGAAGUUAGUCCCACUAGCUACAUUGAGGAAUGUGGUGCCUCAGAAUGAUAUUACGAGCACUUCGAAGGUAUCAUGAGAGAGAUCAGAUGAGAAGAAAACCCGCCCCCUAAAGAAGCUUAGAACUAAAUCUAUCAAUAGAUAUAAGAAGAGGAAUAAUAGUGUUACUUCAAUUUUUAAAUCAACAAUCAGCCCUCCUACAAAAUUCCUAGUUGAGGAAAAGACUUAUAGAAGUCUUGAGAGGGACUUUACCGAUCAAAAUCUAAGUCGCACCAGGUCUCAUGUGGGCAAGCUUAACUAUCAUAGUAGUGCUAGCCGAGAGAGGGUCAAAAAGAGGGCUUCCAAAGGACAUAUGCCCAAAAAUCUGAAGGUUAUUGGCACCAGGAAAUGAACUUUUAAACCGAAGAUGAGUAAACUCAAAAGAAAGAUAAUCAACUCAGCCAGAGAAGACUCCCGCUCCUCUAAGAAAUCAGAGAGUGAGUCUAGUGCAAGCAGGAAAAUAUUUUCCAAAUUUAAGGAAUCCUCUAAAGAGCGGGACAAACUGAAGCUUAUGACGAAGAGGAUUCUCAAAAACUCUCCUGGAAUCAGGACAGAUAUGUGAUCUAGUAAGACUACUAAAUCAAAGGGUUAUAUUAGAAAAAGUUUGCUGAUGUCAAAGAAAGCACAUCAGAGCAGUAAAGAAAGGCGUAAGCAGAAGUAUGGUAUAGCAAAGCCUUACUAUAAACCUUCAAAUUUCAGAAAGAAGCUGUCUCCAGCAAGGUCAAGUUCAAAAUCUCAUAGUAAAAGUAGAACAAACUCUGUUUCUAAAGAAUCUAUUGCCCAUCUCAAAAGCAUUGAUAACGAAUGAAAGAGAAUUUAUGAGAAGAGUAAAGCCAGGCUAAAUAACCCCUUCAGGAAGGAUAUCUCCAUUCUUCCUCAUCAAGGAUCCAAGCCUAGUAAGAUCAUGGAGAAAAUUAGAGCAAAACGUAUGAAAGAACUCUUAGAGCUCCUUAAUGGAGACAAGGAUGACCAUAUCUCAACUGAGAAUAUAAUAUCCUCUUCUAUAAUGGAUAGAGAAGAUAAAAACCAGGGACUAGAUUAUCAGCAAUUUUAUCAGAAACUAACUGAUUUCAGUAAAUCUCUCACUGCUUCCGAAAGAGAUGUUUUAUUUAGUAAAAUCAGAUCUAUGAGCUAGCAAAUUUUAACUAAAUUUUGAUAUAAAUUUUCAAUCUG